AUGAAAAAUGAUAUUGUACAUUUAGAAAAUCGUAUUGAAGGUUUAGAAAAUCAUAUUGAAUGUCUGGAAAAUGAUAGAAUUGAAACAAAAAAACUUCGUGCAAUACCUGAAUUAUUAACACCAUUUGUCAAAGAAAAUAGAACUAUGAUGAUUAAUCAACAUGUACCUGAUUGUUAUUAUUCAAAAUCAAUAAUGAAUGCAUGUUUAUUACGUUCACAAGGUCAAAGUAUACCAUGGGAAGUAGCUGAUUUUAACAGAGAUAAUCGACAAACCAAUUUUGAUAUAAAUAUAUUUAAUGAUUCUGAAUUAAUUAUCAAACAUCAAACUGAUUCAUUACGAAUUAAUUAUAAUACGUUACUUGAAUUUUUACUAGAUAAAAUGGAUUGUAAUGAAGCUGAACAUGAUACUGUAAAAAAAUUUUUACGU